ACACCUGGAAGUAAAGAACAAACAGCUAACAGUAGUAACAGACAGGUGGGCAGGCAAAGAGGAAAAGCUUUGCAGACGGCAGACUGAGAGACCAAGUGUGGGCUUGUUUGCAAAGGUGCGAGAAGCUGUAACUCGACAUUUUUUGGAUCUUUUUGUUCCUGCAACCAAGGUGGAAUAAAUGGACAGGCGGUCUCACCCAUGAUUCACCUCUGAAUGGAACAAUUUGAACCAUCACGGCUGCUUUUUUUUUUUGUUGAGAUCUUUAUAGAAAACUAAAUGACUGAUCAUCCGAGAUCAAGUUUCCAGAGUUUAAACCUACUCAGCUCUUAAUAAGGAUUUUUUGCUUUUGUUGUGGUCGAGAGAGAUAAAGCAAAAAAAGGUCUGUAUCUGUUGGAGGAAUUCUGGCCUGUCAGCUUUUUUUGGUUCCUUCUUGCUUUCACUAUUUUGUGAAAGGGGACGUGAAAAGGAAGGAAGGAGAGAGCAAGCGAGAAAACGACAGAGAGGAGGGGAGAGAGACGUAUACAGUCUGAGCGUCUCAGUGAGGUGUCAGUUGUUUUCAGAGGCAGCUGAGAAGAGUAAGUGUUUACAUUCUUUCCUAUUGGGACAGAAAAGGGUUGGAUAGAGGAUUGGGUGGAGGGAAGCGUAGAAGGAGAAGAGGAGGAGAGUGCAGGUACAAGCGACUCUUCACAAAUCAUUCUCCUCUUCGGUCCCAGAAGAAGUGAAGAGACAACAUGGUUCGGUGGUUCCACAGAGACAUCACAGGCUUGCAGGCCGAAGAAAUGCUGAAGUCUCGUGGCAUUCAUGGCAGCUUUUUGGCUCGACCCAGCAAGAGGAACGUAGGAGAUUUCUCCCUGUCUGUCAGGGUGGGCGAGACGGUGACACACAUCCGGAUCCAAAACACAGGGGACUUCUACGACCUGUACGGCGGGGAGAAGUUUGCCACCCUAUCAGAGCUGGUGGAGUACUACACAGCAGAGAAUGGCAUCCUACAGGACAAGGACGGCACCGUCAUCGAGCUCAAAUACCCGCUCAACUGCUCCGACCCCACCACUGAGAGGUGGUACCACGGUCACCUGUCCGGGCCAAAUGCAGAGAAGCUGCUCAAUGCACGAGAUGAGCCGGGGACCUUCCUGGUCAGAGAGUCCCUGUCCAAACCUGGGGACUUUGUCUUGUCUGUUCAGACGGACGAGAAGAACAAAACAGGAGGAAAGCGGGUGUCCCACAUUAAGAUAAUGUGUAAGAAUGACAUGUAUACAGUGGGGGGCUCUGAGAUGUUUGACACACUGACGGACCUGGUGGAGCACUACAAACGCAAGGGCAUCGAGGAGAUCUCUGGGAACUGGGUGCAUCUCAAACAGCCUUAUUACUCCACCAGAGUGAACGCAGCAAAUAUCGACAACAGAGUGAAAGAGCUGAAUCAGACCACACAGCAACAGCAGGAGGCUGAAGGAGAAAAGAGCAAGGCGGGCUUCUGGGAGGAGUUUGACGCCCUGCAAAAGUUGGAGGCAAAGGUGAAAAAGAGCAGAGAGGAGGGACAAAGACCUGAAAACAAGAGCAAAAACAGAUACAAGAACAUUCUUCCCUUCAAUGACACCAGGGUCAUUCUGCAGGACACUGAUCCUAACGUUGUGGGUUCAGAUUACAUCAACGCCAACUAUGUGAGAAACACCCUGUGGGAGUCUGGAGAUCAGAAAGUUUACAUCGCCACUCAGGGUUGCCUAGCAACCACUGUCAAUGAUUUCUGGCAGAUGGUGUGGCAGGAGAACACGAGUGUGAUCGUCAUGACAACACGAGAGGUUGAAAAAGGGCGGAACAAAUGUGUGCCAUACUGGCCGGAACUUCACAGCUCCAAGGAGAUGGGGUGCUACGUGGUGACCUGUGAGUCAGAGCGAGAAGCUGCUGAUUAUAAAGUUCGGGUUUUGGAGAUUGCUCUUGCGGACAAGCCAAAACAAUCUCGUCAAGUGUGGCACUACCAGUACCUCAGCUGGCCUGACCAUGGCGUCCCUCAGGAGCCAGGCGCCGUCCUCAGCUUCCUCACUCAAGUGAACUCUAAACAGGCUGAAUAUCCCAAUUCUGGACCUAUGAUCAUCCACUGCAGUGCUGGAAUUGGUCGGACAGGCACCAUUUUGGUGAUUGACAUGAUCAUCGACACCAUUGACACGCUGGGUCUGGAUUGUGAUCUUGACAUCCCGAAAUACAUCCAGAUGGUGCGGGAGCAGCGCUCUGGUAUGGUCCAGACAGAGGCCCAGUACAAGUUCAUCUACCUGGCUGUGUCUGAGUACAUACAGACCACCAAAGCCAAAGACAGCGCCUCCAUGGAAGCCGAGACGGAGUAUGGAAAUCUGCAACUCAAACACCAACAAGUGAACAGGAAGCCCUCAAAAAACCAGGAUGAUGUUUACGAGAAUCUGUCAAAAGGAAAGAAGGAUGUGAAGAAGUCAAAGUCAGAUAAGAAAAGUGGCUCAGUGAGAAAAAGAUAGAAGAGACUAAGGAGGUUGAUCAAAGUAUGUUGUGUUAUUAUAUUUAUGCAGGCACUCUUUUACUAAAGAAGUCUUUUACUAAAGACCUUAUACAAAAUAAAUUUAAGGUUUAAAAAUAGAGACGAAAUGACCCGUUGACAUCUCAAAUGACACAUGAAAGCUUGGUUAUUAAAAAUAAAGGCAGAACAUGUGUAUA